UCGUGCACAAGUUCGCGCGAACGAGGCCGCCAGUAUCGCUUCGGAGUCCGUCCGUUUAACAUCGCUCGCCACAUAUCGAUUGUUGACGUUUUUGAUCCCUCCCUCAGUUGUGUUGAUUAUUGUUGUGGUGCUUUAAAACGAGUCGUUUGAUGGAUCCGCAAGAUUGGUGUGAUAACCAGGUAGAGCUACACAUUGUGGUGCCGUUACCUGCAUCGUUUUGAAUAUCUUCCCCGUGUACGAGGGGUGUAAUCUUCAAUCAAUUUUAAAAAAGUAGUGAGGUGUUGAAAAUCCGAUCGUACCGUGUGUGCUGGUCGAUCGUUAUGUGCAGUUGAGUCCCGAGAUCCCGUGCUAGAGAAGCAGGAUCUCGUCGACGAGAAAUAAAAAAUAAAAGAAAAUAAGUAUAAAAUAGCGUGCAGUUUUUGUUGUCGAUACGAUAUCGACAAAUCAGUCGACAAUUGUGGCAGGCGAACAGCAAUUACGAGAGCAGCAGCACCAGCAAGCUGUCAGUGCGAUGCUGACGUCUAGCGCGAACCAGUACCUCCGUCCGGAGUACCUGACGCCUCUGCACACUACGUUGGAUUCGAAGAAGAGUCCACUAGCGCUGCUGGCGCAAACUUGUAGCCAAAUAGGUGUUGAUCCACCGACGAGCAAGUCUUUGGGGUCACAUGACAAGCCAAGCAAAUCCAACAAAUCUUCCACAGACUCGUCGAAUCGGGAAAAAUCAUCACCCUCGAGUCACAACAACAACAAUACAACCACGGGGUUGUCUUCGAUGAUGCCCGGAGAAGGUUCAAAAAUGAACAGCAGCUUUAAACCCUACGAAUCGUGCGUCAUGAAGGAAAAGUCAGCCAGUCCGGAGCAACCACGCAUACCCUCGGCACAUUCGAAUUCGGGAAGCAAUUCUCGAUCGAGAACACCGGGAAACAGUGGCAAUGGGAAACGUUGCUCGAGUAAUCAGAGUGCCUCGUCGAGCGGUGGCAGAGCAACUACGCCACAGAGCCGAAAGAGCACGACUCCCAGUAAUGAAACGACAACCAGAGAAUCGCCCAACACCAGGCAACAAUCCGGACACGACGCCAUCAUUACGUCCGCCAGUAGUCCAUCUCUUCAGGUCAAACCGGCCUUCAGUCUGGCCCACGUCGAUCCGCUCGGUUCUUUCAGACCAAUGAAUCUGAUCGCCUCGACUUCGGCGGGUGGUGCGACAACCACCACCACUCCAGCCAGUUACCAUGGCUUGGCGUUUCCACCUCAGCUGUCGCACUUGGAUCCGGUCACUGCCAGUUCCAUCAUGUCGCAGCAUCACGCCGCGGCUGCUGCGGCAGCCAUGAAAGGGAGUUUGGGUCACCAUCCGUAUCUGAGUUACGCACGAAUGAAGACUCCAACGGGUGGCGAGACGCUGGUACCGGUUUGCCGAGAUCCUUAUUGCACAGGUUGCCAAUUGAGCAGUCACAUGAUGGGUGGCGCGACUCCAGCGCCUAACCCUGCCAACGGUACCAAAGCUCCACCGACCAGUCAAGCCACCGGAAGCAACGGAACAAGUUGUCCAGCUGGAUGCGCGCAGUGCGAUCACAAACCACAACAAAUGAGCGCCGCGGCGAGCGCUGCCGCAGCUGCAUCGGGCCCAUACGCCGCUUAUCACGCGCAACUGGUGGCUCUGGCUACGGCUUCGCAAAUGCCCUACAUCUGCAACUGGAUCUCCAGCGACGCGGCCUACUGCGGCAAGAGAUUCGCCAAUCCAGAUGAAUUCGUCCAGCAUUUCAGAACUCACACCGGUGGUGCGCCAUCGCCAGGCGAGCCCAGUGCCAGUGCCGCGGCUACGACCGCUGCGGCCUUGUCUCUUUUGAGCCCACCCGGAUUGGCUCCGGGACAUCCCCUUUUGUCCAGAACGUAUCCAACGCCACCGCUGAGCCCACUGACCGCGGCUAGAUAUCAUCCUUACGGCAAACCGCCCUAUGGACACCCAGGAAUAUCGGCACUUGGCCUGCCUCUCCCACCGCCUCACGGAUUGCCGACGGCGGCCGGUUUACCACCUUAUUUCUCACCCUACGCUUCUCUGUACGCCGGCACGAGAUUGGGCGCCGCUUCAGGCAUGCAUCCUUAGAUUGUCAACGGCAGCGGCGGCGGCGACGAUGCACCUGCGUCCAAGAAUACCAUUUAGUAUAUGGUCGUUGGAAGCUUGUGCAUCAACACGCGCAGGCCAAGUAUGUCUGCGCGUAAAAGAACCCAUUUGACCGCAUUUCGCGAUGACGGUUCUUUGACUGUGAUUCUUGAUUUUCGACUUUAACCAUACUAAUUUCGUAGAAAACGCGAUGACUUGACGAUGAUAAUGAGAAAACAAAACGUGAUACCGAGGUCAUUCGUAAAAAUGAAUCAAUGCUGUUUGCAUUGAAAAUUCAUGUAUGUUCUAUAACGUAUUCGUAGUCUCAUCCUUUGUAAAACAAUGUCGAAUUUUGUUUUUCGUUAUUUAAGAAAUAGGUGUACACUUAACUAAUUAAUUCAAUGUUAAAAAUGCUUGGAUAAUCCAAAACCUGUUUUAAGAUUACAUCUUAUUAGACUGACCAUUUUGUUAAUCUGAAUGUUUAUAAUUAUUUAUAAAAUAAUUGACCAUUGAACGUUAAUAAUUGGUUGCUUUUAUAGAAAAAAAUUAUUUAAUUUAUCGACGAAUUAUUUUUAUUCUAUAAUAAAUCUGAAAGUAAUCGUGGUCGCUUAAUAAAAUACUUAUUUUGAAUUAAUUGUAAAUUAAGCGUUUAAUAUGCCACAGAGCCGCUAACGUUCCUCAAAGCUGUAGAAAUUAGUUUGUGUGCAUCCCAGCCUCGUCUACGUGUGAAUCGCUAACAACAGCGUACUAUCAAAGCAAACGCUAAUUCUCAUCUUGGCUGAGCAAAUUUAAUA